AUUAACUCAUUAGUCGAUAGUUGUGCAUCUCUAUCAUAAUUAUCGCACACCCCUAGCGCUUUAUACUGGUUGCUUUUUGUUGGUUGUUGUUUUUGUUGGAUGGAAAAUACAAUUAAAAAUUGAUUUCAUUAUUUAAAUAUUCAAAGUAUCAAGACAACAACAACGCGGCGGGUGGCGGCGGCAAAAAAUACCGAAGAAGCACAAAAAAGAAAAAAAUUUGCAAGGUGUUUGUGUGUGCGUGCGUGCAUGUGUGUGUGUGACAACGACGAGCGACGACUUUGCUGCUUCUGCUGCUGCUCUGCUUCUGCUUGUGGUGCGUGCGCGCUGUCGCAGGGGACCAACUCACACACUCGCACACAUCAGCAAUUGCAAUAGUAUUAGUGUAUCCUUUGGCAUUUCUGCGAGCUUGGUUGGACGUGCGAGAGAAAAAUCGCUUUUACCAACAAAUAAUAAACAAGUGCAUUUGAAGUUGAAUUGCGAAAAGCAAAAGCAAAAAGCACACUGAACAUAAUGGAGAAGAGAAUAGAAUUGGAAAGACGUGCACGGAAAACAAGCCAGAUCACAGAGCUGAAUCUGGACAAUUGCCGGAGUACAAGCAUUGUUGGCCUUACAGAUGAAUAUACCGCCUUGGAAUCAUUAAGUUUGAUCAAUGUGGGCCUUACAACACUCAAAGGUUUCCCCAAGUUGCCCAAUCUAAAGAAAUUGGAAUUGUCCGAUAAUAGAAUUUCGAAUGGCCUCAACUAUCUGACGACCAGCCCAAAAUUACAAUACUUGAAUUUGUCUGGUAAUAAAAUCAAGGAUCUGGAAACGUUGAAGCCAUUGGUGGAAUUCAAAAAUUUGGCUGUCUUGGAUCUAUUUAAUAAUGAUGCCACCCAAGUGGAUAAUUAUCGUGACAAAAUCUUCAAGAUGUUGCCGUCUUUAAACUUUCUAGACGGUUUUGAUGCCAAUGAUGUGGAAGUGCAGUCGGAUGGAGAUGAUGAUGAGGAGGUCAAUGGCAAUGACUCCGAAGAGGAAGAUGAGCGCAGUGCGUUCUGUUUAAAUGGUUUAGAGAUCGAUUUAGACGAGCUCGAGGCAUUGGAGCAGCGUGUUAAGGCCAAAAAAUGUUUGCAGAAUGCGCCAGACGAUGCCAGUACCAAGAAUGCAGAUGACAAUAAUGAAGUUGACGAUUUAGAUGAAUAUUUAAAAGAAUUGCAGCUAAGAGAAUCGUCUGAAGGCCAAAAUGUGAUAAAGGCAAACCAUGAAUCGAUACAGACCAAUAGCAACAGCAAUGCAACAAAUCCAAGCACAAAUUUUGCAAUCUUACUCUAUUGGUUCUUAGCAAUAUUAAAUCUGGCAAAUGCCACCUAUUUUUCUGGCGAUGAUGAUGACGAGGAUGGCGACAGCGAUGACAGCGACGAAGAAGAUAAUGGCGAUGUAUCAUUAUCGGAGGUCUAUAAUGAUGAUUUAGAGGAGGACAAUUCCGAUUGGGAGGAAGGCGAGGGCGGCGAUGACGAUGAGGAUGAGGAUUCUGAUAUUGAUGAAGCCGAUGGUGAGGCAAAUGAAUCGGCUGCAUCGGUCAAUGCCAAUGCCAAUGAUAAGGAGGGUGAUAAGCCAGAAGAGUCGCAAGCCAGGGGCAAGAAGAGAAAGCAUGAUGGUUAAACACCAUGGAGAAAUACAAGUGUAUCGUCUUUGUACGUUAUAAAUUUAAAAAUACACCCACACAAACAAACACACACAUACACACACAGCAACAAGUACACACAUCAUAUUUUGAUAAAAACAAACAAAAACAGAAAAAAACAAAAAAGUAAGAAUAACAAAAACAAAAAACAAAGUAAAGUAAAGUACAGAUAAAAGAAGGGUCCCAUUAGAAAAACCAACAUUUGUUUCGUUACAUUUUAAGCUUAAAUAUUCUAAACAAACAAACACACACAAACAACAAAUGUAAUAAUCAAAUGAAAUACAACAAAAAAUAAUAACUUUAAGUCAUUACUAAAAACUCACACAGACAUACACACACAACUAUAACAAUCGAAUCCAAAAUUUGUCAGUUUUAAAAAACAAAACCACUCACACACACACACACAAGAUAGAGAGUUCCAGUUUAAAUAUUUCCGUAAUUAGAUUUGAAUUCUGAACACCAUUGUAAAAUUGCUUAGCACUAAGUUAACAGAAGUUUUUUGAUCAAUUAUACGAUUACAAUGACACGAUUUUUUUCAUGUUAAAUCAUACAAACAAAAUUUUUGCUUACUUACUUGCGCCUCAAAUAUUACAAUAUUCAUUUUGAUUAUACUUCUACUAUGAUUUUUUUUUUAGUUGCUGCUUAUCCGGUUUCGUGUUAUAAACCAAAUUUCAACAACAUAUUUACUGCUAAGAAGGAUUUUUAACUAACUCUUAAGUCAUUCCUUUUUGAAUAUACAUUAAAUACACAUAAAUUAGUUAAGCGCGCUUAUAAUUUAUACUUCCUUAUAAUGUGAAAAAAAAAAAACAAACAAACAAGACAACUAUUCAUUGUUAACCAUCCAUUCUCUACACACAUCUUUGAGCUAAAUUUGUUUACUUUUAAGUACAAUACGUAAACUAUAUUAUCAUACAGAUUGUUUCCAGUUCUUCAAAGGCAGUAGCAUGUUUUAAUUAUCGCAAGUAAAAUGCAAUACAAAAGUUUGA